AUGAACGUUCCGAAAUUUUUCAAUGCCUGGGCCGAAAUACCCCGCAUGUUUCGAGCUGCCAAUUUACCAAGUCAAGACAGUGACACUCCUUCAGAAAACGCAGAAGCUCCCCAGAACGAGUAUGAACAGCCUGAACAGCCUAAAGAACCUGAACAGUCUAGUCGCCCUGAACAGUCUAUGGAUCCAAAAGUCCCCUCUGAAAAUGAUACCGACAAGCACAGCGACGCUGGAAGAUCAGAGAACGACUCGGACGCUGGCUUUCCUGACGUCACAAACGCGUCAGAGCCGAACGACGACGGGCACAAUAACCCUACGCCCAGAGGCAAUGGCAGCAUUGCAAAAAGGUUCAAAAUUCUCUGCCGAGGAGUGUUCGACUCUGUCGUGAUCAAAGUCGAGAUGGCUGUGUCACAUGUCAAAGACUUCAUCAGCAAUACCAUUCAGACUAUCAAGGAGAAAGGCUUAUUGGACACCGCAAAAGAAGUCGGAAAAUGGAUGAAGGCGCACCCAUGGGAGACGGCUCUCAUAGUCGCACCCAUUGUUGCUACCAUGAUUACAGCAAUCACUCUUCUCGCUAUCGGAUUUGGACCUACCGGGAUCGCCGCUGGCAACACUGCGGCUAUCAUUCAAGCAGGUAUCGGCAAUGUUGUGGCGCACUCUCUGUUCGCUACCUGUACAAGCGCAAUGAUGGGCGGCUACGGUGCUCCCAUCAUUUUUGGGGGCGUUUGGGCUCUGGCUUCUGUGGCUACUGCAGCUUUAGAGUCUGCUUGGAAGCGGUGGAACAGUCAUAAAGAUCGCCGCUUGAUUCUCAUGCCGCGAGCGCCGCUAAAAGACUUCUCGAAGCAAGUGAAGGAUGCUGCCGAGAAUUUCAUGAUCGGAUCCAUGCUGGUAGCUGCAUACGUCACUUACCGCAUCAAGAGUUGGCUGCAGUCACGCAGGAGAUCGGAAAGUGAUUAG